AUGGAUCCAAAUCGCAUUCAACCCAUAAUGCUGUCUCAAUCUGGGUACAUACUACCUCAACCAGGACUCAGUCUUGUUUCUCCUUUGCCUAGCGGUGCUACUGCGUAUGCCCACCAACCAUCAUAUCAAAAGUCAUUAUACUUUCCGUUGUCGUUUACUGGUUAUAAUGACCCUCAAGUUAAUGAAAUGGACUUCUCCAGCUCCCAGCUUCAGAGUACUUACACUUCGCCUGCCGAUGUGCUGGAAAAAGACUAUCAAAUUGUUACUUAUGAAGAGCUUGAGAAAUUACUCCCAGAACCCAAACCAUCUGGUCGCGUCGAGUUGGGUUUGCUUCCGAAUGGGUGUGCUUAUGCACCUAAAACAGCAAGUCGAGAAAAUUACUUGUUAUUUGCAUCAAAAUAUAGCUAUAUAUUGUAUUUCACUCAUCAUUAUUUUUCUCGAGAAAACUUAUGCCGGGAUCAGACGUUCCUGAAUAUGCUUGUUGAUCGACUGAUUUUGCCAAUCGAAAAGCUUGUCAAAGCUCCUCGCUUAGCAGCUCUAAAUACUACUCAUGAAGAAGUGGAAAAAGCUUUACUUGGCAGUAAGAUUGUUUGUGUUGAAGAUAUGAAUGCGGGAAUGCGUGGUGUUCGCCGCAUUGAUGGUUAUCCUGGUCUGUCUACAAAUCCCGAUACUUCAAUAAAUGUUCAAUCUGAGAGUGGAUUAUCGAGUUUUACAUCGUCUCAGAAUUUAACCUCGUUGAUUGGGUCUUUCUCUCUCCAACCACAAUUGCCUGAUCAACAAAUUACUACCAGUCUUCAAUCCGUAGUUGUGUUGAGAACUGCUGGUUCAGACAAAUUUCGAUCUGAUGGCGUAAUGAGAUCUGGACACAUAAACCCUGAAACAAGCAAAGAGCUUCCACAAACAAGUACUUUAAUUCAAACCCCGGUGACAACGAAUGUUUGCAUAGCACCUGCGUCUCAUCAAAUGCCCAUUCCAUUAUUGUUGCCUCUAUGUGGUAUCGAGAACUGCAGCAAUAUUCAUAUAGAAUGUGCCGGCACAGCGGGUCCUUCAGUAGGACCUUGUCGUAAUACUGCUCCUUGGAUAUUUCAACGGCCCACAAAACAGUAUAAUCCAUAUUCUCGUGUUACACAUGUGAUAGUUCCUCAGUCUAUAAAUCAACCGAAUUCUACAAAUUAUAAUAAAAGUCAACCGCUCGCGUGGGACCUUCAUCAGCGCCCGCAUCUCCCAGCUGCGAACAGUACACAUUCAAGUGUAGUACCGAUACGGCGUCAAACGCAUUUGCCUAAUUAUUUCAUUCGUCAGACAGGGAAUGUUAUAGAGUCAUAUCCUAUCCCAUUUUCAAUACCACAAACGAGUAACACACAUCAACCUUUCAAUCUAGCUGUAGCAGCUGCCUUAGCAUCAAUGAGUACAAGCACCAGUAAUAGCAUUAAUCCAAGCCACUAUGGACAUCAACCACAGUAUUUCCCCAACCAGUUGUUAACCAACUCUUCAAACAUCAGUCCAAUUGGAGCUAACCAACAACGACCGUCAAAUGCACUUUUGAAUCACCUCCAAGCAGUAGCUGCCAUGUCAGCUGUUGCACAACAUUCGAAUGCCACACCUUAUUUUCAGAAUCCAGUAUCUCAAACUAAUCCUUUUCAUAUCCCCACCCCUGUACCAUUACCAGUGUACUACACCGCUCCACAGUUGUUACAAUCUUCUGGUGCGCGGAACUCUUUACAGCGUCUACAACAAAAUGUGUAUCCGAUGCAAAGCUAUGGCUAUCAAACAGUCCAAAAUGUUCCAGUAUCUGAGUCUUUGGAUAAUUUAAGGUCAGAUAGUAGAUGUGGCUUAACCGUGCCGAAUCUCCCACAACAUUCAAAUAACCUGAUUUACCCUAUACUGUUGCAACCACCCGUGCAUAUACAACAUAAGUUACCCACACAUAUGAAUGGUUCGGGGUGGCAGGUUCACAACCCCAGUCAGUCGAUACGUGGAGCACUCAAUUCAGUAGGUAUAACGCCUAUACCCGUUAAUUUCACAGUCAUUAACACAAAUGGCUCUACUUCGGUAGCCAAUAAUGGGAUGCUCAAAGAGUUACCAACGUUUUCAGACACAAAAGAUAAUCUUGAUAACAAUACAGCAGCAGAUAAUAUGGUAGGUGAUUCUGCAAUAAAUGUAUCUCUUGCAUCUGAAAAUCAAUUGGAUAGUGCAUCGUCUGUGUUACCGGGAUUAAUUUCAUCAACUGAAAAUUCUACAUGCGCAGCUAUUGGUGACAAUCAGUCUCAUAAGCUCCGCAAACAAGUUGAAAAAAUGACCUCUCCUGGUUCGGUUCAUGAUUCUGAGGACUCAGUUAG